UGGUUCGACUUUAAAUGUUAAGAAAUGUGUCUUAAUAAUACCCCUGGAGGUGUUUGAUUUGGCUUUACCAUAGCGAGCCAUACGUUUUACCUAUUGUUUUAGGCUACUUUGUUGAAGUUGAGGCAUUAUGCAUAUGUUUUCCUAUUUUAUUUUAGGUUUGAAAUGCAUUGUGAUUCCUAAUCCAUGCUUGUAAUGGCAUUUCUAAUCGGAAAUGACAUUUGAAUUUAAAAAAAAAAUAUGAAUAAUUAUUUGUAUAAUAUAUAUUUUUUAAAAUCUUUGCUCAAAUGUGGAUGUAUUUUGUCUGAGGGCAAUGACAAUGAGACUGUUGACUCCAGUGAAAUCGUACACCUAUUAGGCGUUGGCCACUAUAGUCAAAGGAACAAUUAAGAGGGCAGUCCUGGUGCUGCAGAAUGAGCCCAGCUACAGUCAGCGGCGGCCAUUCACCAACGAGGACGAGGCGUGGAAGUCGUUCCUGGAGAACCCCCUGACGGCCGCCACCAAGGCCAUGAUGAGCAUCAACGGGGACGAAGACAGCGCCGCAGCCCUGGGCCUGCUCUACGACUACUACAAGGUUCCCCGGGAUAAGAGAACAAUAUCUCAGACCAAGACAGACUCACUGGGCUCUGAUGUAGAUCCCAACAAAAGGUACAUGCACUUGAUGGCCCCCCUGCAAGAGGCUUCAAUGGCAUCAGCGGAGAGCAGGAUCCAGGUUUUGAAAGGGCCCUUUAAUAUUCUCCUGCCCAACCAGCUGCAUGGCCAGGACAACAAGAGGGGAGUCCCUUUCCCCUCCCCGGACACCACUGUCACCGUCUCCAUCGCCACCGUCCCCAACUACCCCAACAUCAAGAUGGAGGGGUCCUCCAAUGGCUUCUCUGUCACAGUCCCCAACCACUGCUCCGAGUCCGACAGCCACACGGUGGAGUUCGCCCGGCAGCUCACCCACAGCCAGUUCAGCCCCAGCACCCAGACACGCACCCCCGACUCCACCUUCCCAGAGAACUAUAAGGACAGUUCCCAAGAGGUGUUCUCCUUCCCAGGGGAUCUCCAGUUACGCCUGGCCUCCAUCGCGCCGGAGGAAUACAGCACUUUUGACACCGUGCCGGGGAAUAAUUUUGAGUACACCGUGGAUGCUUCCAAGUCGCUGCGUCAGAAGACGGGUGACGGCACCAUGACGUACCUGAACAAGGGUCAGUUCUACCCCAUCAGCCUCAGGGAGAUGGACAACAGCAAGGUGCUCCACCACCCCAUCAGCAAAGUCAGGAGUGUGGUGAUGGUGGUGUUCGGGGAAGAGAAGUGCAGAGACGACCAGCUGAAGCACUGGAAGUACUGGCACUCCAGACAGCACACGGCCAAGCAGAGGUGUCUUGAUAUUGCUGACUACAAGGAGAGCUUCAACACCAUCAGCAACAUUGAGGAGAUCUCAUACAAUGCCAUAUCCUUCACCUGGGACAUCAACGAGGAGGCUAAGAUCUUCAUCUCGGUCAACUGCCUCAGCACAGACUUCUCCUCCCAGAAGGGGGUGAAGGGCCUUCCCCUGAACCUGCAGAUAGACACCUAUAGCUACAACAACCGCAGUAACAAGCCCAUCCACCGAGCCUUCUGCCAGAUCAAGGUGUUCUGUGACAAGGGAGCUGAGAGGAAGAUCAGAGACGAGGAGAGGAAGCAGUCUCGUAGGAAGGGCAAGUGCACUGACCUCAGCGCCAGUAUGGGAGCAUAUGGUGAUGUCAAAGUCCCUAUCCUUCAGAAGCGUAAUGAUGUCACAUCUUUCAAGAUGAUGACUGACUUUGAGACUCAGCCGGUUCUCUUCAUCCCUGACAUCCACUUCUCCAAUGUUCAGCGCCAUCCCUUCUCACAAGAAGAUGGAGAGGAAAGCAGCUCGGGCAUGAAGAAAUUACCCUACGCCAACGAGGAUGAGUUCGGUUCCCCUCCCAAUAAGCUGGCCAGAAUAGACGAGCCCAAGAAAGUCCUGCUGUACGUGCGUAAGGAUACCGAUGAGGUGUUUGACGCUGUCAUGCUGAAGAACCCCACACUGAAAGGCCUGGUGGAAGCUAUAUCAGAGAAAUACAACGUGCCGCUCCAGAAAGUGGGGAAAGUCUACAAGAAAUGCAAGAAAGGGAUUCUAGUCAACAUGGAUGACAACAUUAUCAAGCACUACUCCAACGAAGACACCUUCCAGAUCACCGUGGAGGAGCUAGGGGGCGUGUACAAACUCACCCUGACUGAAAUCUGAUUGGCCCAAAGGGGAGGGGUGGGGAGUGAUUGACACUCUCACCGCCCAGUCCACAAAGAGUGUGGACAUAGGGCAGCUUGUAAAUGUAAAGACUUGUGGUUUACACAUGGCCUUAGCCCAGUCACCGAACGGGAGCAGGAUGUGUCUGACACUAUUAGCAAUAUCUUAAGUCCACUAGCAUCGUCCCAGAUCUGUUGUUAUCGGUCAUGCCAAUGAUCAUUGCAGUUGUUGAGACAGCAGAAAUCGAUCUGGGACAAGGCUUAACUGUCCACCUGGGAGACGGUGUUCUUUUGUUAUCUGUAAUGUCACUAAGCCAAGGUACAAAGCCACUGCUCUUAUCUGAUGACAUUGUGUCGAUGGCUUGAUAUAGACUUUUGAUACAUUUUUUUUGUACCUUUUGUAUAUAAGAAUCGAGUUUUAACAAGAAGCCCUCUUUGUUUUGUAAUAUAUAUAUAUGUAAAGGCCAUUUGAGAAUCUUUGUUACACUAUGAGCGGAGUAUUUGUUGUGUGGCUGUAAUACCUCACGCUAUGCAGACAACUUUCUCUCUGUAUCUUUGUAUUGUACAUGGAAUACGUAAGAGAAACAGGCUAAUAAUGCACUGCUUUUUACAUUCGCAUUAGCAUCAUAGUAGUGGUUGGAGAUGCAUGCUAUCCUUUAGCCUGGUCCCAGAUCGGUUUGGGCUGUCUUGCCAAUUCCUAUGGUGAUUGUCUUGCCAAACAUAGCAAGACAGUACAAACACAACUGGGUCCAGGCUAGCUAUCCUUAUGCCUCAGACUGCAUUGUCUCUGCCCCCAGUGGAACUCAAUAUAGCACUGAAGAUAGAUCUUAAUCGAUUAAAGAGGAUAUUUAGCACACAAAGUAAGGAUUGCAAACACGAAUUGUAUUGUAAAUAGAGGGGGAUGGUUGGCUCACUGUUGAUACUAAACAUCCUGGCAGUAUUUAGUAUGUAUGUACACUCAUUCUGGCAGUUGAUAUGAUCUGUGUGUGUUGCUACUGUAUGUGUUGAGUAAGAGCAUGUACUGCAUGUGGUUUUCACAUGGAUUUCUGAAUAGAAUCGAGAGCAGGCAUUUUUCCUUAUACCGCUUUAGCAUAUGGCCUCUUCAUAAGUAUUACAUGUUUUCUAUUAAGUAGAUGAAAAAGUAUCAACCAUUCACUCACUCAGCUAUGGCCUGAAUAGAUUGCAGACUCACAACAAAAUAGAUUUGCGAAUGUCUAUUACGGCAUAGAAAAGUCCAAUAAGUCAGAUAGUUAAGUUCAACCGCAUUCAGAUUGACAGAUUCUCCCUAUGUCUUUGUAUCCACACAUCAGAUACAGUAAUAAUGCGAUAACAUUACAUUUGAAAAUGUUUGAAAAAAUGUGUCCUUGUGUACUGUAGAAGCUCCUUUUUGUACCAGAGUACUUCAUGUGUAUAUAUUUAUUAAGAGAAUGGGAAAUGGGUUCUUUUUUACCGUACAUAUCAAACAGAAUGUUACUAUUAUUCCUAAUAUAAUGUUUUAUUAUGGUUUUUUUUGUAUGAAAUUAUUCUAACAUAGUAUUUACAGUACAUGUCAAGGAUAGGUUGAAAUAUUUGUAUGUCUUUGUUUUUUAAAUGUCUUUUCUCAGAUGUUGGGAAUAUUCUCUCGUGUAUAUUAUAUAGUGUCCAACUGUCCAAUAAAACUAGCUCCAGUAGCUAUA